GGACCCUUAACAAAAGACGGUUUAGAUCUCACCCCAUGCGCUAGAGAAAUCCUUUUGAACGCUGCUCUACCUUUAUGCGUUGUCAUUAUUUCUACAAUAUUCCUGGUCAUUCGCACAUGUUGUAGGCGAUCAAUAGAUCAAAGUGUCUAUUUCCCUUUAGUAUUCAAUGAACAAAUCACAAGAUCUCAGAGUGCACCGAAUGGAUCAAUACCAAUGUUAAUGCAUGAUGUCGUCCAGCUAAUAUUAUCCUUCAUUCAGCUAGGAUCUGUAGGUUUCAUUCUUGGCUGGAGGAUAAAUGAGAUUUUUGAAGUGUCAGACGAUAGUGAAAAUGCUCUUUAUUGGUUCAUUGGAAUAGUUGGCCUGUUUAUUUCUUGGCUUUAUAUCACCGCAUUGAUUGCUUGUCAUUCUAUGACGCGAAGAACUCAAUAUGCAUUCAUUAAACAUUUAUUGGUUUUAUACACGCUUUUAUUCAUUAUUGCGUGUUUUAAUUUACGUUCUAUUAUUAUAAAUGAAACAACUGGAAUUGUUUUCAUAUUUGCUAUAUGGAAUGUUGGUGCUUGUGGUGUAUUGUUUGUUUCUUCUCUUCUAAGACCGCGAAAUCCUGAAUUGAUGUACACAAGGAACAAAAUGAUAUCUCGUGAUACUAUCGCGUCUCUGUGGUCACUCAUCUCUUUUUCGUGGAUGGCUCCAAUAAUCAGAUUGGGUAACGGACACGAUCUUACUGUGGAUGAUUUAUGGGAGUUACCAUUUAGAUGUCAGGCUGCUCAUUGUUACUUGGAAUUAGAUCG